GACCAUCGGGUAAACAGAGACUGGAGGGGUAAAUAGUUCUGUCUCUUUAAAUCGAUGUCAAAGCCGAUUAGCGCUGAUCUCGGUCGUGAUUCUGUUGUACCGUCUGUUCACUGCAUCUAUUUUUGUUUUACGUAGCUGUGCGCAGUUCAGAAACAUUAUGUAUUAAUAUAUGUUAACCUUAUCACUUUCUGAAGUGUACUUUCGCUUGUUUUGUUACUCGCGCACUCCUUUAGGAUAUCGCUGUGCGUAAUUACGCGUCUGGAAUCUCCUUUACGCACAGCAUCAGCGCGUUCGGCUGGACUAUAGAUCAUCAUCUCUGGCUGAUGUGUGUUUGGAGGAGGAGGAUGAUGGGUUCAGUGUGACAGUCAGAGCUGUAAGAUGCAGAAGAGCGUGCGUUAUAAUGAAGGACACGCGCUUUUUCUGUCCAUGGUCGCGCGUAAAGAGGGAAUCAAACGCGGGUUCUUGAGUAAAAAAGCCGCAGAAAACAACCGCUGGACCGAAAAGUACUUCGCGCUGUACCAGAAUGUUCUGUUUUACUUUGAGAACGAGCAGAGCACCAGACCAUCAGGGAUUUAUUUGCUGGAGGGAUGCACCUGCGAGAGGAUCCCGGCUCCCAAAGUGUCCACCGUUGGGAAAGAGAGUUCAGAUAAACAGCAGUAUUACUUCCUGGUGAUUUUCGGCCACGAUGGGCAGAAACCUCUGGAGCUGCGGACAGAAGAGGAUGGAGAUUGUAAUGAGUGGGUGGAGGCCAUUCAUCAGGCCAGUUAUUCAGACCUCAUCAUCGAGCGGGAAGUUCUCAUGCAGAAAUACAUCCAUCUGGUGCAGAUCAUGGAGACGGAAAAGGUGGCGGCAAAUCAGCUGCGGACACAACUGGAAGACCAGGAUACAGAGAUCGAGAGACUGAAGGCAGAGAUUCUUGUUCUGAAUAAAACGAAAGAGCGAAUGUUGCCCUUUCAGUCCAAUCUAGAGGAAGAAGAUCCAGAUAUCAAGAAAAUCAAGAAGGUGCAAAGCUUCAUGCGUGGUUGGCUGUGCAGAAGGAAGUGGAAGAUCAUCGUGCAGGACUACAUCUGCUCACCUCACGCCGAGAGCAUGAGAAAGAGAAACCAGAUCGUCUUUAACAUGGUGGAGGCCGAGACGGAGUACGUGCUCCAGCUCUCCAUCCUGGUCAACUGCUUCCUGCGGCCGCUCAGGAUGGCGGCCAGCUCCAAAAAACCCCCCAUUAGUCACGACGACGUCAGCAGCAUCUUCCUCAAUAGUGAGACGAUAAUGUUUCUCCAUGAGAUAUUCCAUCAAGGCUUGAAGGCUCGGAUAGCCAACUGGCCAACAUUAGUUUUAGCGGAUCUCUUCGACAUCUUGCUGCCGAUGCUGAACAUUUAUCAGGAGUUUGUGCGAAACCAUCAGUACAGUCUGCAGGUUCUGGCCAACUGUAAACAGAACCGGGACUUUGACAAGCUUCUGAAGCAGUACGAAGCAAACGCCGCCUGUGAGGGCCGGAUGCUGGAAACCUUCCUCACAUACCCUAUGUUUCAGAUUCCACGAUACAUCAUCACCCUUCAUGAGCUCCUCGCACACACGCCUCAUGAACACGUGGAGCGCAAGAGUCUGGAAUUUGCCAAAUCCAAACUUGAGGAACUGUCCAAAAUGAUGCACGAUGAAGUGAGUGACACAGAAAACAUCCGUAAGAAUCUGGCGAUCGAGCGAAUGAUCGUGGAGGGCUGUGAUAUCCUGCUGGACACCAGCCAGACGUUUGUACGGCAGGGCUCUCUGAUUCAGCUGCCCUCCGUGGAGAAGGGUAAACUGAGUAAGGUGCGUCUGGGUUCACUGUCGCUCAGGAAAGAAGGCGAACGCCAGUGUUUUCUGUUCACCAAACACUUCCUCAUCUGCACACGCACCUCCGGCGGCAAACUGCACCUGCUCAAACAAGGAGGCACGCUGUCUCUGAUAGAGUGCACGCUCAUCGAGGAGCUGGACGCCAGUGAUGAAGACUAUAAUGCUGCUGGUCAGGGGCUCAGUCACCUGGAGUUUAAAAUAGUGGUGGAACCUGCUGAUGGUCCGUCAUUUUCAGUGGUUCUGCUCGCGCCGUCUCGACAGGAGAAAGCAGCCUGGACCAGCGACAUGAGCCAGUGCAUCGACAACAUUCGCUGCAAUGGCUUGAUGACCAGCGUGUUUGAGGACAACUCCAAAGUCACUGUGCCACACAUGAUCAAGUCUGACGCCCGACUGCACAAGGACGAUGUGGACAUCUGCUUCAGUAAGACACUGAACUCCUGCAAGGUGCCACAGAUCCGUUACGCCAGCGUGGACAGACUCCUGGAACGACUGACCGACCUGCGCUUCCUGUCCAUCGACUUCCUCAACACCUUCCUCCACACCUACCGCAUCUUCACCACCGCUGCUGUCGUGAUGGACAAACUGGCCGACAUCUACAAGAAACCCUUCACGUCGAUACCUGUCAGGGUUCAGUAUCAUUCGUCCGACCGUUUGUCCAUCACCUCCAUCUGUCCAGACUACAGCCUGAAGAUCACAAGGCUAGCGCUGGACCAGUCCAAGUCCCUUGAGCUUUUCUUCGCCACCAACCAAGGCACCUGGAGUGGAGAGCACUUGAACAACAAAUCCCCUCGGCUCUCUCGCAAGUUCUCCUCUCCUCCGCCCGUCUCCAUCCCCUCGCGCACCUCUUCCCCCAUCCACUCCCGCAAGCUGUCGCUCAGCUCUCCUGUGAGCUCUAAGGGAGGAGCGUUGGAUCUGUCGACGGCAUCUUUCUCUGCGGCCGGCAGCCCGACGUCUCCCUACAACCCCGUCAUCACCUCCCCUCCACCCACCUGCACCAAAGCCCCUCUGGACCUCAGUCGGGGCCCCAGCUCUCCAGAGCUCAGCCCCUCCACCCCAGAGGAGAGCGGGGAGCUGCCUCGUAUAGACGCCUUCUGUGGGAAGCUGCGACGGAGUAUUCGACGAGCUGUACUGGAGUCAGUAUCAAUGGAUAAGUUCAUUCCUGAGACGCCCACGUCCAGUGAUUCUGGAGACAUGUCUCCAUGCCUUUCACCGUCCACCCCCCGACACCUCCGCUACAGACCACCUACAGGUCAGUCUCCCGAUGGCUCCCGUUGUGCCGUGUCCCCCGCGUCCGCCUUCGCCAUCGCCACCGCCGCAGCUGGACACAGCAGCCCGCAAGGAUUUACCAACCCGGAGAAAUCGUACGAUAAGGAGUUCCUCAUCCGCAGGGCCGCCACCAACAGGGUGCUCAAUGUCCUGCGCCACUGGGUUUCCAAACACUCGCAGGACUUUGAGAUGAACGCAGAGCUGACGACGGCUGUGAUCGCUCUGCUGGAGGAAGUGCUGCGAGAUCCAGAUCUUCUGCCGCAGGAGAGGAAGGCCACAGCUAAUAUACUGAGUGCACUUUCUCAAGAAGAACAAGAUGAUUCACAGUUGAAGAUUGAGGAUAUUGUGCUCAUGUCCGACUCUCCGAGAGCCGAAUGCUUUGAGUCGCUGUCGGCGAUGGAACUAGCAGAACAAAUCACUCUACUGGACCAUAUUGUGUUCCGGAACAUUCCAUAUGAGGAGUUUCUUGGUCAAGGCUGGAUGAAAAUGGACAAAAAUGAAAGGACUCCAUACAUUAUGAAGACCAGUCAGCACUUCAAUGAUAUGAGUAAUCUGGUAGCGUCUCAGAUCAUGGCUCAUGCAGACGUGAGCUCCAGAGCAGCAACCAUUGAGAAGUGGCUGGCCGUGGCUGAUAUAUGCCGCUGUCUCAACAACUACAACGGCGUCUUAGAGAUCACAUCCGCUCUGAACCGCAGCGCCAUCUACAGGUUAAAGAAGACUUGGGUCAAGGUUUGCAAACAGACCAAGGCGCUUAUGGACAGACUCCAGAAGAUAGUUUCAUCUGAAGGGAGGUUUAAGAACCUGAGGGAGACUCUGAAAAACUGUAACCCUCCGUGUGUGCCCUAUCUGGGCAUGUACCUGACGGAUUUGGCGUUUAUCGAGGAGGGAACGCCCAACUUCACAGAGGAGGGUCUCGUCAACUUCUCUAAAAUGAGGAUGAUCUCACACAUUAUACGAGAGAUCCGACAGUUUCAGCAGGCGCCCUACAGGAUAGAUCUGCAACCCAAGGUAACACAGUUCCUCCUCGAUAAGACUCUUGUAAUGGACGAGGACACACUUUAUGAAUUAUCUCUGAAGAUUGAGCCAAGACUCCCUCCUGCAAACUAAACCUGAUGUUAAUGUUUACACCAGACUCCGAUAUCAAGUAAGAAACAGUUUACGGGAUUCUUAACUUACAUCUCAACUGAAGUCUGUCCACUAUAGAAAUGACAACCUAUCCAUAUAUUUACUUCAUUCCAUGUCAUUUGUUUGUGUCAUAAUUAUUCUUUUUUUUUUUUUUGCUGUAAACUCAGGUUUAAAUGUGCCUUUUUGUAUAUUAUAUAAAUAUUAUGUACAGUUAUAAUAUUUCAUAGAGCUUGUUUCUAGCAUGAUGCAUUUUAAUAACAAAUUUGAUAAUCUUUCUUUUUACCUGAAUGCAAAAUAUCAGUUCCAUUUUUAAAAUCUGAUCAUUCCCUUACUAUAAUCAGAAUCAUAUUUGUAUGCUUGCAAAAUCUGUUCGUAUGUCAAGAAAUGAAUUGUUGAUGUUCAUUGGUCCAAUUUUGACAUGCAAGUUUCUCAAUCACUCCUCCAUAAUAAUCUGCCCGCAUGUAUGAGACUCAUGUCAAUACUUUGAUCCACUGGAGUUUGCAAGUGCAACCAAGCAUGUUUACUGUUUAGCAUAAGAAUUAUGUUUUUAAGUUUUUGUCAUUUGUUAAUAUUACUCUAGGUAUCAUCCGUUUACACAGCAGGUCAGCUGCAUUUUGCCAUGUUUUAGCAUUUGCUCAUUUAGCAUGUUUUUGUUUGAAGAAAUAUUUGGUAUUUUUAGCAUGUGUUUGCAUGAAUCUCUACUUAAUCAUAUUCUUAAUUUAUAUAUUUUUAGCCAUUUCUUUUGUUUGAAGCAUUUGAUACAUAUAUUCUGCACUUAAUGGCUCCCUUCAAAGAAUCUGAUGGUACAAUGAUGGUAAUGCCAAGGUAAUUUUGUCUUGAUUUAUUACCAUAUCCAUGUACUAUGGUAUUUACAUGACACUCCACACUGUGGUAACAUACCAUGUCAAGAAAAGAUACUUUCUGCUUAAUGCAGAAGAAGUGGUUCAUUGUUGGCAUGAAAUCAUUCACCAGUUUAGUUUUUGGUUGUUUUCUUAAAGUUUUCUCCUCCCAGCUGUAUCGUGACAGUAUUACAUUUUACACAGUGUUUCAGAGUUUCUAUGUGUGCAUUUAAGCCAGUUUUGUACAAAGAGAAAUAGAGUAUUGUUUAAUUCAAACAUAGGUUCAGCAGACUAUGUGCAGUACCCUUUUUAUUUAUUCUGGUAUAUAUAUUAUUUUAACUUGUACCUGGAAAAGGUAGUUAUUGUAAACAUUAGGCAGCCCUGCUUUUUUUAUUCUUUGUUUUUUCAAAUAAUGCUGUCAACUCAUGAUACUUCCUAAAGGAGUGUCUUUACCUCUUUUCAUAAAUGAAUUCACAUCUUUUUUCAGUCAUUGACAUAAAUGUGCUGUACAUCUAUCCAUGAUGUAGCUGUAACUAAUAAAAUAAACCUUUUUUUGU